ACAUUCAGGUGUCGAAAUGUUGUGGGCUUUCAUCGUUUGGCUCGGUGCUCUUUGCAUUUAUGGAUCAGCUUUUGAUAUUCUGAUUUAUGCUCCACGAAUGAUGCAGAGUCAUGUGUAUUUCACGGCAAGGAUUGCGAAUGUGCUUGCAGCAAGAGGACACAAGGUGACAGUAAUUGAUAACGUAUUCCGAUACGACGUCGAUAACGAACUAUCAUCAGAUAUUCAUGAAAUCAUCUCAGUUGAACCAAGCCCUGAAGUCACUAAACUACUUAACACCGGUAGUUUGCCCACAAUAUUAUGGAACUCAAAAGCAUCACCGGAAGAACAACGAACUAUAAUGGAAGGCCUUGGUCAUGUACAUCGUCUUCAAUGCACUCACCUAAUUGAGAAUAGCACACUGAUUCCUAAACUACAAGAAAUUAAAUUUGACUUUGCAAUUCAUGAAGUAUUCGAUUCUUGUGGAGUCGGUAUUCUUGAGGUAAUCGGUGUACAGAAGACUGUUAUUGUAUCAUCAACUGGACCAAUGGAUGUUGUCCCAAUUACACUUGGAAUAUCUGAUACAUUGAACACUCCAUCUCUAUUAUCGGAUUAUGGAAGUUACCUAUCAUUUUUUGAAAAACGAAGAAAUCUCAAGUUUCUAUCUGGAAUGCUCAAUUUCCACGAAAUGCAGGACUCAAUGAUAUCUCCGCUUUUCAAAAAAUAUUAUGGAUUGAAAAAACCUACUGGUGAAAUAAUGAGACAAGCAAAUUUAUUGUUUUAUAAUAUUCAUGAAGGAUCAGAUGGAAUGAGAAUGAGAGGACGAAGAAGUUUUGAUAUUGGAGGGAUUGCUUUUAAGGAUCAAAAGAAUUUGACUAUGGAGUAUCAAACUCUUCUCUCUGAUCCUCGUCCUAAAGUGCUCGUAUCAUUUGGUACUGCAGCCACAUCAUCUCAUAUGCCUCAAAAUUUGAAAAAUUCGUUGAUGACUGCAAUGAAACAAAUGAACAAUGUUUUGUUCAUAUGGAAAUAUGAAAUGGAAGAUAAUUUCACAAAACAGGAGGAGCUCACAACAAAUAUAAUUUUCAAAAAGUUUUUGCCGCAGACUGAUUUAUUAGCUAGCAGCAAAAUUGACCUGUUUGUUACCCAUUGUGGCCAGAACAGCUUACUUGAAGCAUUUAAUUCUGGAGUUCGAGUGUUAGCAGUUCCACUAUUUGGAGACCAACACCGAAAUGCAAAGCUUGCCUUUGAAAAUGGAUUAAUUGAAAUUCUUCCGAAAUCUGACAUCGAAACUCCGGCGAAAAUUGUGAAAGCCGUCAAAACAGGACUGGAACCGAAUGCAAAACUGGAUCAAAACAUUGUUCUUAUUUCUUCUCUUUUAAGAAAUUCGAAAGAAAACGCCGAGAACCUACUGAUUUCCACAAUCGAAGCUACAUAUUCAACAGAGUUUCCACCGAAUUUUUCCAAAUUUCCAAAAAACUAUCACCCAAAUACCUUGGUUCGACUAAUUGAUUCAUCGAUUGCUUUAGUUUUUAUGCUUUUUAUUUUUGUUUUUGUAAACCAUUUUAGAAAAAACUAUGUAGGAUUUAAAUAUCCAUUGAGUUUUUCAACAAAAUAAAAAAAAUGUGAUAAUUGUUCUACAACAAUUCAUCUUUAAAUGUAAUUUUUCUACUUUUAUCCCGUUACUGCUCAGAAAAGCUUCAAUAAACGUUCAUUCCAGUUG